UGCUCAUUCUUUACUCAGUUCAGAUGUAUCAUGAUUUAAGUUGCUUUUUUUUUUAAUUUGUGGAAAAAGAAUAUCUUGAUAAUUUCCAUGUUGUUUUCUUAAAGUACUAAGAGAGGCAGUCUAUAAGAGAGGGGCUGGCCUUUGAGUCAAGAAGAUUUGGGUCCUUAGACUUACUAGUGUGAGAGCUCAUGUUCACUGACCCUCUCAAUACCCCCAGACUGCUGGGUAUAUUACACUAAGGAUGGAUGAAUGGAUGGAGAGAGGGAGAUCCUGCACUGAUGAAAUCAAGUCACGACCCUUCCCCCCAAAUGUUAGGCUCUGGGGAUACAAAGAACCAGUUGGCCAGUGAAAAGAAGUUUUUUGUCCUUGGUGGGUUUUGGACUUAAGCUUUUUUAGAUACACGUAACCUUUUCCUGUAAAGCUCUUGGACCUGUUUCUGUUGGGUGACUAGUUGGAGAAUUAGGUGGAAGUAUGACAUUGUUUGGAAGGAGAAAAGGAAAGUCAGAGUAUUGAAUUCUUUAGUAGAAAAACCCCUGGACAAGAUUCUCUUAAUUGUUAAACCUAGUUGGCUUUUUCUCCAUCUUCAGCCUUCUUGAUCUCUGUAAGCUUUUGAGCCUUAUUGACUCUUCUUUUGAAGAAGGAAGCCUCCUUUUCUGGUUCAUCAUUCUCACACCCAAAGUGUUUCCCAGAGCUCUUUCUUGGGCCUUUUUUUUUUUUUUUUAAUCUCUAUAUUUCCUGGCUCUUGUAUUCAACCACCAUAGGUUAUUAUUUCUCUGCAGGUAAUUUCUAAAUCCAUGUAACUAAGCCACCUUGCUGUAGCAGUUGGUUAAAUAGGCCUCUCCUGUGGGAUUUCCCACAAGCAUCUCAAAUUCAACCUGCUAAAACUUAAUUCAUUUUCUUUGCUCCAAAUAUUCUCUUUUUUCUAACUUUUUUUUAAAUGAGGGGUACCACUGUUCUUCUAGUCUCCCAACUUCUCAACUUCAUAGUCAUUUCCACUGUUUUUUUUUUUCUUCCUGACUCUUCCUAUCCAAUCAGUUGCUCAGUUUUGUCCUUCGUGUCCCCACCAUUUCUUGUGUAGCCGACCCCUUCUCCCCAUUCACGGAGCUAUUACCUGCAUUCAUAUCCUCCUCAUUCCUGGCCUACACUAUUCUAGUAGCUUCCUGAUGGAUUUCUUGCCUCUUAUUUGUGCCCUUCACAGCUAUGACAAGAAUUUUUGUGAAGUCCAAGUCUCUUGGUGUCUCACCCUCUCCUCCCCCCCCCCCCCCAAGAACCCUCCUUUUAGAGUAAAAUGUUGCCUCCAGGUUAGCGUUAAAAACCCUUCAUAGUCUGAUUGGAGCCUCCUUCUCCAGACUGCUUCCACAUUACUUUCUGAUUCCAGGUUCUUUUGCUGACUUAAACUGGUGCUCCCUGGCCUUGGACUUCUCUUUCCUCUCCCUGUGCCUCUGCAUGAAUUUGGAACACAGGCAUCAUUGUUAUCUACUCCCUCCCAGGAUCCUUAUUUUUCCAGGGUCAAAUGAGAUAAUGUAUGUAAAAGCAAGCACUAUAAAAAUAAAAGGUCAUAAAAAUAAAAAGUCUGGGAAGAGUUUGGCUAGGGGGUCCCCUUUUCCCAAACUACUUUGAGUUUUAGUAGUUUUAACUAAGCUAAGAGUGCUUUUUUCUUUAGGUUUUUUUCUUCUCUGAAAAUUCAGAGAGAAGAAAAAACCUAAAACCAAUUUUUUCAGGCCAUAGGGCUCAAGAAAUGAAAUAUGCUUUCAACUUCGGGGUCCAACGAGUCUUAUAUGUUAAAGACUUGCAUUUUUAGGAUUAAAUAAUGUAAUUUACAAAAACUAAACUCCUCCCCCCACCUUUGUCAUAACAGGAUUUUACCUGCAUCUAGUUAUUCCACCUUGCCACUGAAGUCCUCUUCUGCUUCCUCCUCCUGGCAAGGAUUUGCUCGACCUGUCCCCUCUGCCCCCACUCCCCCCAAAGUACAAACUCUGGCAGCUCCUACCAAAUUGUCAAGACUUCCGGUUCGACCCCUCAUGACUGUUGUUCCAGUACCAGUCUAGCUAAGCCUGGAGAGGCUCCACAUUGGCCACGGCAACUCUAGAAGACCUACUAAGUCUUGGAGUUGAGAUCUUCACCUUUCUAAAUGUAUAGAAACACUAAAGGCCUACAGGAGCACUAGUGCUUUGGAGCGGUCCACUGUUUGGAAGAAGGGGCUAGAAAUUGAAAAGAGAUUUUGGGAGUUAGGUGUUCAAAGUGCCAUUGGUGGCCACUAGCCACUUCCUAACUUGUUAAAUUAAACAUGUCUGGAAUGGCUGGUACUGCUCGUAUCGACGGAGACCAUAUUUUUGUAUCAGUUCCUGAAGCUCUAUUAGUUUCUGAUGUUGUCACGGAUGAUGGGAUAAAUCUUGAUCAUGGCCUUGCAUCUGAAGUUAUCCAAGGGCCUGAUAUCGUCACAGAAAAUGAUUUUGUAACAGAAGGUGUGUUUGUUCCUGAAUCUGUUCUGGAAGCUGAUAUUGCCAUUGAAGAAAUUUUAGAUAUUAGCGAUCACAUUUUGACUUCUGACUUAAUAACAGAAACUGUUAGAUUACCUGACCAGAUUUUUGUGGCUGACCUUGUUACUGGUCCUGAAGGCCAUUUGGAACAUGUGGUCCAGGAUUCUGUGUCAGGAGCUGAUUCUCCCACAAUAGUCUCAGAGGAAGUUCUUGUAACCAAUUCAGAUACAGAAGCUGUGAUUCCUGGUUCUGCAGUUGCUAUAAAAACUGAAGAUGAUGAUGAUGGCAAGAGCACUUCUGAAGACUACUUAAUGAUAUCUUUGGAUGAAGAUGCAGAAAAACUAGACCAAAUUGCAAACCCACCAGUAAAAAUCAACACUGAAGCUUCCAAUGAUGAUGUCUCUAAAGAAGAUGGGUUUGGUUCAGAAGUUAUAAAAGUGUAUAUAUUUAAAGCUGAAGCUGACGAUGAUGUGGAAAUAGGUGGAACAGAAGUUGUUACAGAAAGUGAUUUCCACAAUGGACAUUCUGUCCCUGGAGUAUUUGAACCGCAGGGAUGUGUUGGCCGAAUACAGCGAGAGAAGAUGGUUUACAUGGCAGUUAAAGACCCCUCUCGUGAGGGUGAAGAUCUCAGAAAUAAUGUGGACACCAGAUUAGAAAAUAAAGAUGGUACGUCAGGACAGUUUCUUCAGAUUUGUGAUAGCGUUAACACAAAUAAGGCACUUAAGCAGAAGUCCAAGAGAAGGAAACGGGGAGACAGGCUAUGGCAAACAGCUAUUAUAAUUGGUCCUGAUGGGCAGCCCUUGACCGUAUACCCUUGCUAUAUUUGUGGGAAGAAGUUUAAAUCCAGAGGAUUCUUGAAAAGACACAUGAAGAAUCAUCCUGAUCACAUAAUCAAGAAAAAAUAUCAGUGCACUGAUUGCGAUUUCACAACUAGUAAGAAAGUAAGUUUUCAUAAUCACUUAGAAAGCCAUAAGCUCAUGAAUAAAGUCGAUAAGAACCUCGAAAUGACGGAAUAUACGAAAAGAUACAAAGAAGCUAGUCCAUUGAGUUCCAAUAAGCUUAUAUUAAGAGAUAAAGAACCUAAAAUUUAUAAAUGUAAAUACUGUGAUUAUGAGACUGCAGAACAAGGGCUGUUGAACAGACACAUGCUUGCUGUUCACAGCAAAAGUUUUGCUCAUGUUUGUGUUGAGUGUGGGAAGGGGUUCCGGCACCCCUCCGAGCUUAAGAAGCAUAUGAGGACCCAUACGGGGGAAAAGCCAUACCAUUGUCACCAUUGCAUAUUCCGCUGUGCCGAUCAGUCAAAUCUAAAAACUCACAUGAAAGCCAAACAUGGCACCAUUUUACCAUAUAAGUGUGAGCACUGUCCCCAAGCUUUCUCUGAUGAAGCCGAGCUUCAACAGCACCUGGACUUAUUCCAAGGACAUAAAACACACCAGUGCCCUCAUUGUGAUCAUAAGAGUACCAAUUCAAGUGACCUUAAGAGACAUAUCAUUUCUGUCCAUACUAAAGAUUUCCCCCACAAAUGUGAAGUGUGUGAAAAGGGCUUUCAUCGUCCUUCUGAGCUCAAAAAACAUGGUGAAAGUCAUAAAAGUAAAAAAGUCCACCAGUGUAGACACUGUGACUUUAAAACUUGCGACCCAUUUGUGCUCAGUGGCCAUAUCCUCUCUGUUCAUACCCGAGACCCUCCUCUAAAAUGUAAAAAGUGCAAGAGAGGAUUUAGGCAGCAAGCUGAACUUAAGAAGCACAUGAAGACCCAUAGCGGAAGGAAAAUUUAUCAGUGUCAGUACUGUGAGUACAAUACUACAGAUGCCUCUGGCUUUAAGCGACAUGUUAUCUCCAUACAUACGAAAGACUAUCCACACAGAUGUGACUACUGCAAAAAGGGUUUCCGUAGGCCAUCGGAAAAAAAUCAGCAUAUAAUGAGACACCAUAAAGAGACCGUAAUAUAA